AAAUAUCGAUAUCGGAAAACAUCAAUGGGCUUAAUCGUCAUUUCUCUAAAAAGUGCCGCGACGAGACAGUCGUUGACGACGGUGACGGCGGCGUAAACCUUAUCGGAAGAAUGAAGAUUCUCCGUUCUCCUUUCUCCGUCAUACUCUCGCUCUUCAUCCAAGCUCUUACUCUAGCCGUUGCUCUCGAUCCUUCGCAGCCUGACGAAUCCAACAUCACAGCAAUACCUAUUCUACAGGAUGUGUUGAAAGAGAUAUCGAUGAAGCAGAAGUGGAAUCUGGAGGAAGUUAGAUUUAAGAAAUUGGAAGUUAAGAAGCUUCGUAUUGGUGUUGGUCGGAGAUUUGAGAUCCGGAUCCGAUUAGGGAAGAGCCGAUUCGUUUUCGUCUUUCCCGAUGAAGUAACCGAUUGGAGCAGAAGCGGUGGAGGAAGAGAUGUAGAGUUGCAUGAGGUAGUUCGGGAAGUUAAUUCGACUAAGGUUCUUGAUCCGAUUGUAUUGAAAGGUCCAUUUGAGCUACGAGUCGACGGUGAUAGCCGCUUCUCGCUUGCGUUGCCGAUGAACAUUUCACAUAGCGGUUUAAAACGGGUUCUUGUCAGUGAGGGCAUCUCAGUAGAAAUAAGGGGAGCUCAAGCAGUCUCUCUUUUCCACUCAUCCCAUCGAAGAUACGCUGCUACUGUCGAUCCUGUAAAUAUUAAAGAAGGAAAUUGUUUACGGCUAUUUCGGAGUUCUGUGUGUGCACCAUUGCCUCCUAUACAAAUCAUAGGAUCAGCUUCAUUGGUUGCAUUUAGGACUCGAAAUGCAGAUUCGCAAAUCAAGACUUCUUACUUAUCCAAUGAGGCAAUCCAUUUACACGCAGAAAAAUGUUAUUAUAAAGCUCACACAUACAGGCAGCAUGGUUUCCCAACUGAUCUUCUUGGCUUGAAGAUUAACAAGUUGGAAAAAGUUCUGAGCUCUUUAGGGAAUGGAACCCGACAAACAGUAACCUCUGUGACAGCGAAACUAAAGCCGUCAGGCAUGGUACGGUUUCAGUUAGAGAUCGAGAGAAGUAUUGGGAAGAACGAGAGUGUAACAAGUAAAAAAAUAGAGUGGAGAACAAAACCGAAGAUAGAACGGGUUUGGUUUGAAGUAACGGCGAAAGUCGAAAGGGAUAAGUUAAAAGCAGCAGGGAUGAGAAAAGUAGUGCCUUUCAUAGAAGUGGAUACAGAAGCAUGGAGCAGUAUGAUGUCUAACAUGUCAUUCACUAAGUUUCCAUCAUUACUUGUUCCUCAAGAAGCUUUAACACUCGAUGUUAAAUGGUAGCCUCAACACUUUUGUAAGUAACUUUGUCAAAAGCCCUUUUGUUUUUACUUAUUUCUCUCUUUAUUUAUACGUUUGAUAAUCUUGCAGAAGGUAGAAACUCAAACCACAAUGUAAUGAUGAAUUGUAUUUACUCGUCCUUGUAUGUAUGUAUAUUACUUCUGGAGUUCUGGUUCUAUAAAAAGGAGUAUUUAUCAAGAAAA